UCGUUGUUUUGUUCUCCGUAUUUUGCGACGCACGUUUCCCGCGCUUUAGUUAUCACCUGAUUUUCACUGUUUGUCUUCUCCUGCCGUUUGCCCAACCGACCCUCCGACUCGCCCGCCGACUGACUACCGGACUGACUGACAACUGAUUUGCGGACUGAUUGGUGAAGAUAAGGGACGCAAUGUCGACUGUGACGCGACGCCGACAACGAAGAGAGCGCGUGUUCGCCCAGUACGCUGUUGUGAUGAUGGGACGGCAGCGUGUGUUCCGUGACCGCUUGAACCCUUUGGAGGAGUUCGAUGAGGACGAACUGCAGGAGCGCUUUCGAUUCGGUCGCGCGGGCAUUGUGUUCCUCGCCGACACACUGCGCCCGGUCUUGGAGCGGCCGACGCGUCGCAGCCGCGCCCUCUCUGCAGAGCAGCAGGUCAUUGUCGCCUUACAGUUCUACGCCACGGGGAACUUCCUCAUCACCGCAGGGGACUACAUCCGUGUGCACGUCUCCACUGCUUCGCGGACUGUGAGGCGGGUGACUCGGGCCUUGGCACGUCGUGCCCGAGACUUUAUAGGGUGGCCAGGUGAAGCUGAGGGUCAUGCCUUACAACAGGCCUUCUUUGAGAUCGGUGGGUUUCCUUCGGUCGUGGGUGCUGUUGAUGGCACUCACAUUCGGAUACAGGCACCACAAGUGCAUGAGGAGGUGUACGUUAACCGCCAUCUGUACCAUUCAAUAAAUGUACAGUUAGUGGUUGACGUCUUUUACCGUAUCCGCAAUGUGGUUGCAAAAUGGCCUGGAAGCACCCACGACUCUAGGAUAUUCACCGAGGGCUCGUUGUCAGGCAAGCUGGCCGAUGGCGUUUACGAGGGCCUACUGCUUCGAGACAGCGGCUACACCUGCAAGCCAUGGCUGAUGACGCCCUUCCAGUCUCCGUCAUCAGCAGCGGAGGUCGCCUACAAUGCGUCACAUAGCACAACGAGGAGCAUCGUGGAACGGACAAUAGGCCAGCUCAAGCGGAGAUUUCAUUGCCUCCAUGCUGAGUUGAGGAUGCAGCCAGAGAGAUGCUGCGACAUCACUGUUGCCUGCUGUGUUCUGCACAACCUGGUCAAGACACACCCCUGCAGCAUGCCAAGGACUGUCCUCCCCGAAGAGGUUCCCGUUGAGCCCGUGGCAGCGGGCCGUGAUGAAAGCAACGAGGCUCGGGAUGCCAUCGUCAGCCAGUUCUUCGGUUGAGCCAGGAGAUUAGCUCCCUCGAGCUGCUGCUGCCUUUCCGUCUCCUGCAAGAAGCGCUGUGAAGCCUCCCGGCACCAACGUCGGCUGUAUGGCACAUUUGUUGGAGCCCGCUGCACCGCCUCCAGCGGCCGACUCUCGUGCAGCACUGCCGCACUUGCUCCGCUCCUAGAGGGACCAGGCUGUGGAUCUAUUCCCCUGGAGCUGUCACUGCGACAAGUGCAUGUGUAAAAAGUGGUCAGGUUUUGUUCUUGUCAGCAUGGGCAAAGAGAACACACUGUGCAAAGUUUGUAACCCUGAUAAAGACACCGAUGCUGCGCCAAAAUUCAUUCAUACGG